AUGCCACACAUGCGCCCGACUAGAAAGGUCAGAGCGUUCACUAGCGGCAGUAUCAGUUGCAGCUGCAAGGCCAGCAACAGCAGUCCAAGCAGCGACGACGCGGACUCGGAAUGCCCUAGAUGUGUAUGGCUGCGGACUGGCGAGGACACCUCCCCAGUUGUUGUUAGCGGGGACAGGAGCAUCGGGGUCUCUUCAUUCGAAGAGCAAGACGUCCGUCCAAGGUUGCAGUUGGAACUGACAGAAGUAAACGCAGCAGAAGCUGGAGCAACCGUAGCCCCGGGAAUCGACGCAUCACCUGCCGUUGAGGUCGUCCCCAUCGAAGUAGGGAUAGCUCCAGAGAUGAAACGGGCCUUGGGGCUUUUUCGAGGCUCCCACAAGCGGCACAUUUUUCUGCCGGUGUGCCUUCUGGGGCAAUUUCAGGGCACGAAGGGAGAAGAUGCCCUUAAGGAGGAGGCCACCCAGGCGGGUAGCUUCUGCUGUGGCCAAGGGAUGCAGACUACGAGAAGGCCCUUGCAAGGUCAGGAGCCCCCUUUACUAUCUAGAGCUGCAGCUGAAGGCUUGCCUCCACAGGGUAUGCUAGAGUCCCUAAAAGAAGCCGUUUGUAAGGCACUUAAGCUGGGGGAGGGCUUCUGCAGGGAAAUUCCCCUACAGCUCGUGGCCCAGGUGUCUGCGCCGAAGACGAAAUGCCGGUCUGCACUGCAAUUAGACAGCCCAUCAUCGGUCCAGCUUGCUGCACAGACCCCAACCAACGAUGACUUAGAGUCAGUGAACAGAAAUUUGCCGGCGCUUUUUCCGUUGGCGUCUGAAGAUGAUGCGCUAAGGAUUCUUAGGGACCAUUACGGGCCUCUCCUUGAACAGUACCGCCGUCUUCCCCACUGCCCAGCAUGUCUGCUCUCCAACAGCAUGGCUAGCGACAGUAUCAACAGGAAGAGGGAGUUUAAGGGGAACGCUGCUCUACGCAUCUUGCGCCUCCCAAGGGGGCCUCGGCUGUCGUUACACCUGCAGCUGGAGCCGCCGCUGCCUUCAGUUCCGUUUUCCAACGGUGGAGCCCUGCAGGACUUCCCGAGUCCUCCGCCAUUAGUUGCUGCGAAGAGCGACGAUUUCCGCGAAAGUAACACCUCGACAGUCUGCUCGCCGUACCAGCUGGUGUCUCUAUACAAAUUUUUCCCCGUGAGCUCGCCUAGAGCGCUAGCUGAACUGCUGAGGGCCCUAUGGGGUCCAAGAGGCGUGCUGGGGAGGGCUUAUGUGGCAAAGGAGGGGCUCAACGCCCAACUAGCUGUGCCUUCCAUCGCAAUGCCUGAUCUCCUUGGGGAGCUUCAACAGAUCCCUGGGUUGGAAGACGGUAUGCAGGUAACCCCCGAUUGCCUCGUCGCCUUUGAAGAGUACUGGAGGUCCCCGCCUUUCGAUGCACUUCAUAUCAGGCCGCGGCAUCAGGUGCUGAGGGAUGGCUUCGCCGUGCCUUUAGACUGGGCAAACUGCGGGCAGGAGGUGAGUCCCAGUGAAUGGCAUCGCAAGAUCACUGAUAUGUUGCAGCAACAACAGCAGAAACAGCCUGUAAAAACAAUGGUGCUCCUGGAUAUGCGUAACGCAAGUGAGUACGCAGUAGGCCACUUUAAGGGUGCCAGGUGUAUAGACACCCCAACCUUCGCUGACUCCUUUACCCGUGGGGGCCCGCUGGAGAAGGCCCUCCAACAGGCAGGGGUUGAGCUGCCCUCCCGGAACGCCAUUCCCUCUUUAUCCAGCAGCAGUGGUAGCGGGGAGGACGUAGAGAUCCUAAUGUACUGCACUGGCGGUAUCCGCUGUGUCAAGGCUGGGGCGUUCCUCAAGCAAGUUCUUGGCUUCCCGCGGGUCACGCGCCUCAAGGGUGGUAUCCUGGCAUACAAAAACUACAUUCAAAGCAUCGAAGGAACAUUUGCUGAAGGUUCAAGAUCCUUCUUUGCUGGAGGCGAAAACAUGUUACCUACCGGCGCCUAUGAUUUAAGAAAAGAUGACGCAGACAAAUGCGGCACCGCCCGCACAGGAAGGCAGCCACAGACAGCCGCCAAGAGGGCUGAUCUGGCAGCAAAAGAAAUGCACGCUUGUACCUGUAAGAGCUUGUUUCGUGGGGCGCAGGACAGUGAUAAAGACAUACACGCACAGAUCCAGAGGCGCAUGCAGGCCAGGCAUACGCACAAGAGGCUGCAACAGCAAAGGGGUCUGUGGGCCAUCAGGGCUCAGCAGCUGCUGGCUGCUCUCAAACACAAAGCUGUAUUUGAACCACCGGAUGACGCCUCCCCUUUUGCGAGAAAUUUGGAGACUGAGAAGGCCUUACACCAGGGUGGCCGUGCUCUUGCUCAGGAAGCCAUCCCUCAGGACUUGUGGAAAUGGGCACACCACGUGGCUUCUGCUGCUUCCUCCCCUUCUGCACUGCAAGAGGCCCUUUUGGAAGAAGGACGAAAGACGGCGGAAAACCUUGCUGGGACUGCGAAAGAGGUUCCUCCGUUCUGGUCGGGGCACUUGCACUCCCGCAUUCUCUCUUCCAUCAGCAGACUAAAGAGGCCAAGCUCCAUCCUUGAGAUUGGAUCAUUCGUGGGCAUCUCCUCACUCGCCCUAGCUGAGGGUCUGUCGUGCGAAGAAAGGGUGCCCGGUACGUGCGUAGGCCUUGUUGCCAUUGAAAGGGACCCGCGAGCAGCAGCAGCAGCACGUCGCCUUAUCAGUUCAUCCCCUUGGGGUCAUUUAAUUACGGUGGUAGAAGCUGACGCUUUGCAGUGGCUCCGGUCGCAGCCCAGAGCAACAAGGAAUACCUCGUCUGGGAAGGUGGCAUCAGAAGGGACCGCAUUGGGUACCGUUUCACUGGAAGGCGGUAUGCUCCCAGAUGGAGGGUUUGACCUGAUAUAUCUUGAUGCUGAGAAGAAGAAGUAUUCCCAGUAUAUCGAGACUAUUUUAGACCCACAGAGACCCCUACUUGCACCUAGGGGUGCACUUUUAAUAGAUAAUACUCUGUGGGGCAGGGGACAUGAGGGAACAAGGCCCUUAUGGUGGAAAGGCACAGGCGCAGAAAAAGAUGCACCGCAAGCCAGAAGAUACGCAAGCAUUGCGGAGUCCAUGAAGAACCUACGCGAGGCUUUGCGCAACGACACGCGCAUAUCGCACGUGUUACUGCCUGUUGGCGACGGUCUGUCUAUCGUGACUUGGGCUACUCCAGCGUCGUCUUUGCCUUAA